CUUUUGUUUGUGUGUUGUGGGAUUUCGUAAAUCAUGAUGGGUGUUUUCGUCAACCUUGGUUCUUUGAGGCUUCUUAUACUUUCGUGUUCCGUGUUAUGACGUUAUCCAUUUUGGCGAACCGCGACCGUUAUAUCUGAAAGCCGAGAAUAUGUUGGCAUUUCCUGCCGCCCGUGCCUUUCCCCUCUUAGCCUGCCCCGUACAGCCUCCGCCAUCAGCCUAUCGACUUUCCGCCAUGGGUGCGCAAGCAGCAGCAGAGCACAUCACCAUCACGGCGCGCUGUAUCUGCGGCGCCCAAGUCUACACGGCCCCGGUCUCAGUAUCAACACUUCCCCUCAGGGCUGUCUGUUCCCAUUGCGACUCGUGUCGACGCAUGACGGGCGGGCUCUACUUUGCCGAAACGACUUGGCCGCCCUGCAUCAGCGACCUCUCGGGCGAUGGCGGCGUCGACCUAUCCGAGCUCAAGCGCUACAGCUUCUCGGCCAGCAUCUGCAUCUUCUCCUGCGCGACAUGCCCGUCUUUUCUGUUCUGCAAGAGGGGGCUAGACGAGCCGGGUCACGAAAACGGAAGGGGAUCGUGGAGCAGGGGCGACGCAGCUGAGAUGCGUCUGUGGCGGCGUCGACCUGGUGGUCCGGAGUCGGGCGUCAGACGCGAGGCAGGCUGCCGUCGAAUCGGGCUCGCGGGGGUGCAAGAGCGGCGGGAUGUGGGGCUUGUAUGAUAUGCGGGGCGGCGGUUGGCGCUGGGGGCUGCUUCCUGCGGCGGUAGGGGCGGGAAGUGGGCGGCGUGGUCACCCUUGUUGACCAUGGACGAGAUGGGAGUGACAUGGCUGGUUUCAUAGUGUUUCGUCUGAAGACAGGUAUAUACAGCUGCUGUGAUGAGCAUGCUUUAUAGUCUGUUUUUGCGCUCGCA